AUGGGGCUUCUGCAAUGCCUGGUGGCUGCCUUCCUCCUCCUCCUCUUCACAGGUUUGGGCACUGGCCAACGGGUGGUGACUGUUCAGAAGGGGCCCCUGUACCGUGUGAGGGGCUCCCACGUCACACUGUGGUGCAAGGUGAGCGGCUACCAGGGCCCGGCGGAGCAGAACUUCCAGUGGUCCAUCUACCUGCCCUCGGCCCCCGAGCGGGAGGUGCAGAUCGUCAGCACCGUCGACCCCUCCUUCCCCUACGCCAUCUACACCCAGCGGGUGCGCAGCCGGGGGAUCUACGUGGAGCGGGUGCAGGGGGAUGCCGUCCUGCUGCACAUCACCGAGCUGCAGGACCGGGACGCUGGGGAGUACGAGUGCCACACGCCCAACACCGAUGAGAGGUACUUUGGGAGUUACAGCGCCAAGACGAACCUCUCAGUGAUCGCAGACACCCUCUCGGCUUCCAUGGCACGCCAGGUCCUCACCCGUGCUGAAGAGGACCCAGUGGAGCUCACCUGCGAGGUGUCCAAGUCCACUGUCCAGCACACGCAUCUCUCUGUUGGCUGGUACCAUCUUCAGGGAACCGGAGAAAGCCAUGCUGAGGAGGUCCUCACCCUCUCCAAAGACUUCGUCUUGAGGCCAGGGCCCUCUUACAUGCAGAGGUUUCUGGCAGGGGUUGUGCAGCUGAACAAGGUGGGGAACACGACAUACAAGCUCUCCAUCAGGGGAGUGGAGCCGUCUGACCAGGGGCAGCUGUACUGUGAGGCGGCCGAGUGGAUUCAGGAUCCUGAUGAAAUGUGGAAAGACAUCUCUCGCAAGCAAACGGGGAGGACGUCGCUGGCUGUCAUGAGCCCAGACAGACACCUCUCCGUGGAUAUCACUGCUGCUGAAAGCUCCCUUUCUGAAGGAGAUACCUUGCAGUUAAAUUGCAUGGUGGGAGCCCAGAAGAGCAGCAGGCAUUUCCAAGUGCUUUGGCUCCUCAAUAGUGUGGAAGUGGCCAGGGUUGACCCCCAUGGGGUAUUGAUUUGGGAGGAAGAAUAUGAGGAGAGAGCCAAGCUGGGGCAGCUCCGAGCAUUCAAGCAAAGCAACACGGUUUAUGUCCUCACCAUCUAUGAGGUGGGACUGAAGGACAGCGUGAGCCGCAUGCGCCUGUCUGUGUCCACCAGCACGCCACGGGUCAUGGUGGGAGAUGCCUUGAUUCUCUUCUGCGAGGUGCAAGGAGCAAUUAGCCCUGUGUCUGUGCAGUGGUGGCACCUGCCACCACAGCAUCCGGGUCCUCGGGUGCUGGUGGCCACCAUGGAGCAGGAUGGGACCAUGAGCCUGGGCAGCACCUACCAGGACAGCAGGACUUGGGGGAGCCUCCGGCUAGAGAAGCUGAGCGCUGGUACUUUCACCCUGGUGAUCCCCAACACUUUGGAUGAGGGUGACGGUGGGCAGUACUGGUGUGAAGCGACAGAGUGGUCCCGAAGCCAGAGCCGGACAGAGGAGGGGGAGACAGCGGUGACAGUCAGCUCCAUGGGUCUCGGUCUGCACGCCAUGCUGAGGAGCCGAAUUGCCACCGUCAGAUAUGGGCAGAGUUUUGAACUUGUCUGCCAAGUGAACGCCAACUAUACCCUCGAGGAGGUGCCGGUGUCCGUGGGGUGGCUCUUCCAGCCCAGCCCGCCUGCCGGCCACUACCAGAAGCUGGUCCAGGUCCUUCCCAGUGGCACCAUGGCCUGGGGGGAAGCGCAGCCACAGUUCCAGGGGAAAGCCCAGCUGACGAAGGCUGCCACCUCCUUCAGGCUGUACAUCCACCGUGCUGUGGCUGCCCAUGAGGGGACGUACCAGUGUGAGGGGGGGGGCUGGAAGCGGCAUGGUCUGGCACCUCGGGGGCAGCCGGCAGCCACCGCCAGGUCCAACGCUGUGGGGAUAAAGGUGGUGCUGCCAGAAAGCAACCUUCAGGUAUCUACAAAAGAGAGCUCUGUGGAGAUUGCUGGCGGUGCUGACACAGCCAUUGAGUGCAGGAUCGUGUUUGCCCAGAAUAAUUCUCAGUUUGCCGUUACCUGGUACCUCCUACCUCCUUCUCCAGCAGAUGCAACGCCCUUGCGAAUCGUAAGGGCCAACUACAGCAACAUACUGGAGUACGGGGCUGAGUUCAGCUCUCCUGCACAAAAGUCCCGGUUCCUGAGCCAGAGGCUGUCCAGCAAUGUCUUCUGGCUGCGGAUACUCUCUGCAAACCCCAGGGACCAGGGCAGGUACUACUGUGUGGUAGAGGAAUGGCUCUGGCUGGUGGACGGCUGGUACAACCUCGGAGAGAGAGCAUCGGGAAGGACCACACUGGAGUUCAAGCUCCCAGAGUCAACUGUUUUGUCUAGGAUCUGCUCAUCACCACCACUGCUGAACUUCAUCCUAUACUUACCGCUGGUUCUGAUCCUCCUCCUGGCCCUUGCUGUCUUCUGCUGGUACUUCAAAUUUGGAAAAAGCAAGAAGGGCAACAUCGCAGGAGACGAGCUGAUGGAACUGCAAGGGGCUGGAGGGGUUAAGAAAACUUAA